AUACAUACCUGUAGGGACGACUGGACGAGCCUUCCUCUCCGAAUUGGCAUCUACAAUGGCUGACUCUACGGAUUUUCAACAAUCAAUUAGGGAUCAAACCCACGUCUCAACCACACUCGCUGCCCACCUUCUCUCCAAAAAGCACGACUCCAACGUUGUUUUCUCUCCAGUUUCGAUUCAUGCCGUCCUCAGUUUACUAGCCCAGGGUACCACAGGUCCAACACGUGACCAACUCCUUGCUUUCCUCAAAACAAAUACUACCCAUAACCUCAACUCUCUUUAUUCACAGUAUGUGUCCUCUAUCUUUGGGGACAGUUGCUCCAGUGAUGGACCUCGGUUGUCUUUUGCAAACGGGGUUUGGAUUGACAAAACCCUUUCUUUCAAACCUUCUUUCAAGCAAGUUGUCGACGACGUUUAUAAAGCCCUUUGCAAACAAGUCGAUUUCCAAACGAAGGCUGCGGAGGUAGUCGAUGAAGUGAAUUUGUGGGCUGAAAAGCAAACAAAUGGCCUUAUCAAAGAACUUCUUCCUGUUAAUGGAGUAAGCAGUUUCACCAGGCUCAUCUUUGCAAAUGCCAUCUACUUCAAGGGAACAUGGAGGGACCCGUUUAACCCAGAAACGACAAAAGAAUCCGAUUUUCACCUCCUUGGUGGAAACAAAGUUCAAGUUCCCUUCAUGACCAACAAUGAAUUCAAAUUUGUGUGUGAAUAUGAUGAUUUCAAAGUACUAGGUCUUCCCUAUUUACAAGGUGAAGAAAGACGUCAGUUCACGAUGUACUUUUUCCUCCCAGAUGCAAAAGACGGCCUUCAAUAUUUAGUACAGAAAAUUGGUUCCACAUCUGACUUUUUAGAUAGUCACAUUCGAGGUCAAAAAGUAAAAGUUGGGCGGCUUUUGCUACCAAAAUUUAAGAUCGAAUUCAGGUUUAAAGCUUGUGAUAUGUUGAAGGAAUUAGGGCUUGUAUUGCCUUUCACGGGCGAAGAUGGUUUGACUGAAAUGGCCGAUUCGCAUGCUGGUGAAAGGCUUCAUGUUUCGAGCAUUCACCAUAAAUCUUUUAUGGAGGUGAAUGAAGAAGGUACAGAAGCAGCGGCUGUUACAUACGAGGAGGUGUGCGGUUUUGCGUUCAAUGAAGAGAAACCCAGGACGGUGGAUUUUGUGGCGGAUCACCCGUUUUUGUUUGUUAUAAGAGAAGAUGUGACAGGGGUUGUCUUGUUUAUGGGACAGGUAAUUGACCCAAGUGUUUUGAUUUAAACGGUUGUUGAAAUCUUUAUUAUCAUGAAUAGAUUGUCUUUUGUUUUUUUUGUUGGACUCUUAAGCCAUUUCUUUUUGUGUUUGCUAUUGAUUUUUGUACUAAAAGACUAUUGCAUCUUAAGCCAUAUAUUUAAUUCAAAAUAGUGAUUGUUGC